AUGAGUCGAGCAAUGUUACAAGAACUCGGCGCUCCGUCAGAGUGCGUGGACGCUAUUUGCUGUGAUUUCUGGACAGAAGGCUGUGGAUGUGAUGGAUGCUACGGUUGCAUUGCUGAUGGAUUUGAAGCCAUCAAUCCCUUCAUGGAAUGUGUCGCUGAUGCCAUUUGGAUCUUUGGAUCACCGCUGGCCUUUCCGUGCAUCUUCUUCUUUAAAGCACCAGAGACGAGUCCUCCCGGUGGAGGUUGGCAGGUACCAAUGAUGAAGACACCCAUCAAGGCUUGCCCACAAUGGUGCUUCUACACUAUAUGCUGUCCAUGUGGUCAGUGGCAUAUGCGACGAAAAUUGUUGGAGGGAGACAUGAGCAAGUAUAAACUAUGGCAAGGAUAUCAUGAUGGCCCACAGUGCUGUGCAAGAAGGUGUCCCAGUAUGCCUAUCACCAUCAAGUCUGGAACCUACGGCGAGGAAAAAUGUCCGAACGCCUUCUUGUGUGCCGAAGUCACAUGUCUUGCUGGUGCCUGGAGUGUCUGCUGUUCCUUUGAUGUCAAUAGACGCAUGAUCAAGGAACAGCGCAAUUUGGGAGACGACCCCACCGAAGUUCGAGUCCGCAAGUGCAUUGGAUUCUUUUCAAAUAUCAUGUCGCAACUGUACUGCUUGGGAUGUUGUGUCAAGUGUGCCAGUUGUCUAGUAGGUUGCUGCGCCACUGAAAGUGAGGGGGCUCAAGAGUGUUCGGAGGAAGGAGGACGAGCUGGAAGAGCUUGCAUUUCUUGUGCUCAUACAAUCUGGCGCGGGAUCUGGUCUGUCAAAGUGAUAGCAAUGGGAUGCAGUUCGGCUCAAAUGGAUGUAGAGAUGAAGAAGGGGGAACCGUUACCCAGUGUUCCGACUGCUGAAAAGAUGGAAAGAGGGGCAGACAGUGAAGGUGGUACCUUGGACGACGAUGACGAGGAGGCGUGGUGGGCCAAGGGAAAGAAAUAA